AUGGAUCUACAAAGCAUAGUUCAGACUUAUCUAAAGUCUUUAGAAGAGUUCAGCCGUGUUGGGUCAGAUGACGUUGAAUUGACGCGAAUUGCGAUCAUUGAGUUGUCGAGGGCGCAGGAUCUGGCGUGGAAACUGGAAAAACACGCACAGCUGGCGGGCCAGGCUGCAACGGAGGAUCUACCUUUGCCCGAGGUUCACGGCGAUAUAGUAGAGACUCUUUCGUGUGUUAUAACGGACGACAACAUCAACGAGGUGUCGUUGGCGGGCGAGAUCGCGAUCCGGGACGUCAAUUGGGGGGUCCAGGGCGGGGCCAGCCGGGGCGAUUUGUACGUGAGCUUCUCGAACGUGAAUGCGUUGCAGGUGAACGAGCGGGUGCUCGAGAAGGUGCAUCACGUGACCGGGAAUGUGUACAAGUUGAACAGUGCGGUGGACUGGAGCGCGAGGGACGUACGGGAGACGUCGAGCCUUGUGGCAGCGUACCGGGUCACGAACUUGCCGCAGGUGCAGUGUCCUAUUCUUGUGACGCCCGUUUGGCAGUUCAAGGAAACGGAAACGAUAUCGAUGGUGAACUUGAGACCGCUGAUUAGUGUCAACUAUACGCUGCUAAAAGUACAUAUAAACAUAGGGACGGAUGCGCACGAUAUUUUGUCGAGGCCAGCGGGGUUCUAUAACAAGCUUGAGGGGACGAUCCAGUGGGAUCUUCCCAGUCUCGAGGAGGACAUGAUUUUGAUCUUGAGGUACAAGGGUGGGAAAACGUCGUCGGUGACGACGGGAUCGUUGAAGCAACCGGAAGUGUGCGUUGACUUUACUGCGUCGCAGCUCUUGACUCAGGUCAAGCUGGAGUACGGCCGCACGCCCAGCUGCGGCACCAACUUGCCGCUAAACCAAAUGACCAUCUCUGGGAACUAUAAAGCGCAGUGUUGA